AUGGCAACAUCAUUAGCAAAUCGAGUUAUAUCUUACUUUUUUAUAUUCGAUUUUUACCAUGUAAAAGGAUCAACAGACGAAAUUGAUCUUCUUCAAGAAUCAAUUAUUUAUUUUUAUCCACGGAAAGAAGACUUAAUGAGACAAAUUUAUCCAGAUAUUAAACUACUCCACAAGUAUCUUAAACAAACAUUAACACCAAUCACAGAAUAUAUAUUUAAUGAAAAUCGUUCAAUAAAAAAUCUUUUUUCAACUAUUGAUUAUGCACCAUUAAAAGAAAAUAAUCGUCAAUAUUUAUUAUAUAUUAAACACCUUUUAAAUCAUUUACAAUCAAAAUAUGAAAUUAAAGAUGGACUUUUUGCCUAUGAAAAAAGAAUAUUAUAUUCAACUUUGGAUAGUGAUACAACAUUUUAUUUACAAGCAAAUGAAAUAUAUAUUCCAUUAGGACCAGAAAUGAAAUUAAAAAAUGGUGUAUCACUUAUUCGAAUAUAUAUUCGUCGAUCAUUGAGUCUUCAACCAGUUUUCAAUGAUAUAAAUGCCAAAACUAAACCAGAUUGUAACCCUCAAAUAUCAUCAAAACCUAUUAAUAUAAUUAUGCCUUUAUUAUUCGAGAAAAAUGAAACAUCUUCAGUAAAUUUUGAUUCCAAUAGUAUGGGUGAUUCACUAUCUACUGGCAUUCGAGGACAAUUUAGUCCGGUUAUUCAAGAAUAUUCAUCUGAUUCAUUAGGAGAAACAACAAGUUUCGAUGCUGAUCGAACAGAAGAUAUUUCAUCUCCUAAGAAAACUGAAAUAAAUAGUAAUGUAUCAUCUGUGUAUAACAAAGAAUCUGCAUCAAUUCAACAAUUUUCAAAAGAUGAAUCCCAUCCAAUAUUUUCAUCUAAAUCACUGAAUGAGUUAUUAUUUGAUAGUCAACAAAGAAGAUAUCAAUAUGAACGAUCGUAUUCUGUAGCAUCUCUAAGAACAGAUAAAGAAUCACUAAGUUUCAAUGAUUCAAUUGAUAAAGUUACAAUUGUACCCGUAGAAAAAGAUGAUUAUGAAACUGAUUGUACUCAAGAAGAUAUAAUUUGUUUACCUCCUAUGUCAUCAUUUUCAAAUUUUCAUCGAACAAGACAAAGAACUAUAUCAAAUUCAUUGGAUUUCAAUGAUGUUGAACAUAAUGAUAGUGAUCAUUAUGAACGACAUACUAAAUGGGGAGAUAUACCAGAAAAAAAUGAUGAAACUGAACAUGAUGAAGUAAUACUCUAUGUUCAACGAAAUUCACGUAUGACUUUUGCAGGAAUACUGGAAAAAAAUUUAUUAUCAGAAGAAUAUCUUCAAAAAUUGUGGUGUUUAAUGGUGACCAAAAUGGCAGAUAUGGAUAGAGAAAUUCAAGUUAUUCCAACUGCUGGAGAAAUUAGUAAACACUAUAGUGAUAGUAAAUUUCAGUUUAAUGACAAUACUCGUCAAGCUCAAUUUGAACGAUUAUUGGAUACAAAUCGUUAUUACUAUAAAACACCUUCUUCUGAUCAUGCAUGUAUGGCAGUUAGUGCUCGCACAAAAUUGAGUCAAAAUUCAGAACGAAAAAUGAUUGGACUUUCAGUAAUGGAUCUUACAGGUAAACAUGAAGUAAAUUUAAAAGAUCGCUUCGAAAAACAAAUAAGUGAUUAUGUUAAAAUAAAUUUAAAUGAAAAAGAAAAUAAUACAAUCAAUAUUCAUAAUUUAUUACCAGGUCGCUAUGAAAUAUGUGUGAAUUUUUUAAGUAAUAAAAAUAAAAAUUUUUAUUAUCGUUCAUCAACUAGUUGUUUAUAUGUACCAUGGAAUACACGUGAAUAUGAACAAAAUCAAGCAAAUCUUAUGCAAGUUUUACUUAUUAUUAAUGAUAUGGACGAAAAAGAUGAAGUUACGAAUAAUACUGAACAUGCUAGAUUACUUGUUAAUAAACAUUUUGUACAGGAUGUUAAUCCAUUUGAAUCAUUAGUUCGAAAACGUAUUCAUCAACGUUAUGCUCACCGACCACCUGAUACGAAUGAUAUGUGA